AUGGACCCUGAUGUUGUCGAAAUUCCUCCUUCAAUGUUCCAACACCCUCCCAGGUUCAUAAAACAGAAACAGUCAUUGUCUUAUUUUACUUAUUGGCAGCCUGGCGCGGUAAAUAGUGGAACGGUUAGUGGGAUUGAGUCUUCUAAUCGUCAACCUUCAGUAUCACAUAUUGUAAUCAAUGUUGAUGGCCGUGGUUCUCAUCCAUCAUUUGACAAUGAUAACUACCUUGAUUUGAGUUCAGAUGAGUGUAAGGAAGUAGAUGAGUAUACCUUGUUACAGGCACAAUUUGAUAAUGUGGAUCUACCAACGGGAAUUGAGGCGCCUUUUAAAAUUGGUAGUUCUAGUUUGCAAAUCAAAACGGAUAAUGUUGAUCUAUCUUCUGGAACACAAUUGUCUUCUAAACCUGUCCCUGCUAAGAAGAAUGCAUUGGAAGUAGAGUUAUCUAACUCUCGGCGGUUUAUGAAAUCUAUCCGCAGCAAAGUGAUGUCUGCUUUUUUUGGUUCAAAGAAGCAUGGUUUGGCUGACAAUCCAGAUGCGAUGAAGCCGCCAAAUUUGAGGCAAUUUGAAAGUGCUAAGCAGGGAGCUGGAAGUGCUAAUCCAGAUAGUUCCACUAGUGCUCUCAAAUCUGCAAGAGAUGUACAUAAUGGAGCAACUGCUGUUCUCCCACAAUUGACACUAAUCGAUGAAACUGAAAACGAAACUAUGAGGAAACUUCGAAGUUUUAAGCAAUUUGAUAUUGUCAUUGACACUUCGGAUCAUCACUUUAUUAAUCAUAAUCAUAAUUCCUCCACAAAGCAGAAUCCAAAGAGUUGGGCUAAAAAAAUCCAGGAAGAGUGGAAGAUUUUGGAGAAGCAUUUGCCAGAUACAAUAUUUGUGAGAGUCUACGAAUCAAGGAUGGAUCUCAUGAGGGCUGUGAUUAUUGGAGCAGAGGGGACUCCUUACCACGACGGUCUUUUCUUUUUUGAUAUUUUCUUUCCCAGUGGCUAUCCUAAUGUACCCCCGAAAGUCCAUUACCACUCUGGUGGUCUUCAGAUAAACCCGAAUUUGUAUCACUGUGGCAAAGUAUGUCUCAGUCUACUCAACACCUGGCCUGGCAGCAGGAAAGAGAAAUGGACUAAAGGUGUUUCAACAAUGCUACAAGUUCUAGUCUCCAUACAAGGGCUAAUCUUGAACACAACGCCUUUCUUCAAUGAACCUGGAUUGGAAGAUAUGAGGGGCACACCAAACGGUGAAAUGCAUUCCCUGCAGUAUAAUGAAGAUACAUUCAUUAAGUCAUUGCAGACAAUGGUGUAUACGAUAAAAAAACCUCCAAAGAAUUUCGAAGACUUAGUCGCUGGACAUUUCUACAGCCGAGUACAUGAUAUUCUGGCAUCAUGUAAAGCAUACAUGGAAGGUGUUCAAGUUGGUUGUUUGGUCAAAGGUGGAGUUCAAGAUGUUAAUGGGAGUAAAGGAAAUCAAUCCUCAGCUCAUUUUAUAUCUGGUUUAGCUGGAUGCGUGCCUUCUCUUGUCAAAGAGUUCGAAAAUAUUGGAGUUGACUGUAAGAAAUUCGCGUCUCUACUGGUACCAUACCGUACCAUUGGCAGAAAGUAA